AUGUUUUGAUGUAAAUACAAACAUGAUGAAGGAGACAUGUCGACAAGUAAUAGAAUAAUUUGGUACAAGACUAUAUGUCAAAGUUAAAUGGUGUAUACUCCCGGAACAAUGUGGUGUAGAUUAAAGUUACGUGUUCGAAAGAGGAGAGGAAUGAAGAGUGAACUGUGGAAAUUCCCGAUCCAGGAAGAGGUUAAAAAUGAAGGUACAAUAGAUGGAAACAGUGGUAAAAUGUCUGCCACGGAACCAGAUGAAAUUACUAUUAUUGUGGUUGCUGGAAAAGGGCUUCAAGGAAAGAAGCAAGGUCGCCACAAGUUUUCUGUGAUAUUUGGUGUAGGUAAUAGAAAGUACAGAACAUGUGUUGUAAAAGAUCCUGGAGGAUGUCCAGAAUGGAACGAGGAAUCUGUCAUACAAGUGAACAAUGUUGCAGACCAAGUAUUCCUUAUAGUGACAGAAAAAGAAGACAUCCUAGGUCAAAUCAAUAUUCCUGUAGCAACGUUGUUAGGACCACCAGGCAGGCAGAUGAAGCAGCCAUUACAAUCCCAUAAAAAAUGUCCUAGUCCCAAAGGAGAACUUAUUUACCAGUGCUUUGUGUCAAAGUAUAGACCUUCAUUUUUUCCGAAUUCAAGUACACCCAAACGUACGAGUACUCCAAAUGUAUAUGAUAAACAUAGAAAUGGUAUGACAUCAUCUCCGAUUAUGAGACAUAAACAUGAAAAACGAAGGGGUAGUACGGCUUUACAAACAUUAAACAAAAAGUUUUCAAAGUCUAUACAUGACUUGUUUUCAUUCGCAAGGAGUCCGACACAGGAUGAUGAGGAUAAGAAUGUUUCAAAUUUAAGUAAUGGUCGUGCCAGCAGUAUUGGAUCAGGAUUAAAUAAUGCUGGAAAAUUACCCAUAAUUCAUAGUGUCACCCCAUCAGAGGCAUUAAUUGAUGGAGGAACAAGAGUCACAAUUGAAGGGAAGAAUCUAGGUUUAUCUAAGGCUGAUAUAAUGGAGUUAUUAAUCUGUGAGGUGGAUCACGCUGACUAUGUAGAGUUUGAAUCUUCUUCAAGAAUCUUCUUAAAGAUUAAACCUUCCACGGCAGGAAUAGGUGAUAUUAUUCUAGAAACUGAGUCGGGAGGGAUAGGAACAUUGAAAAAUGGUUUUACUUAUGUGGAUCCAAAUGCUCCCGCGACACCCUCAGUGUCUGAAAGUGAUUCGUGUAGUUCUAACACAAGAUUCUCUAUAGGUGAUGAAGAACUUAGUAAUAAUGUAACCGUUCCACCCUCACCUAAAGUACCAAGGUCACCAAAACAGAAAAUGAGCGUCACAUUACCGGAUGGUGAUGGCAAUAAUGAUUCAGAUGUCAAGUCAAAGAAAACUUUUCUCAAACAUAUCAGAAGGGCAAGUGAAGGUCAUGCCUUGUUCCAGUCUAAAGGUCCAGUACAAGCAGUAGUUCCACAAGUAAAUAUGGAGUCCCUACAAGCAGAAAUUGCUCGUUUAAAAAAGGAAAAUGAACAAAUAGAUGUACUAAAAGAAGAAAUUGAAACCUUAAAGAAUGACAAGAAAGAUAUGAAGGUGUACAUUGACAAACUUGUAGCUAAAGUCAUAACACAUUGUCCUGAAGCUUUAGCUACCAUGUGAUGGUCAUAUGGAAUUCAAAUCUAAUGUAUACCAAAAUCUCAUCCAAGGGAAAAUGGUCUGUGAAUCCUGCAUUUGUCUAAUCAAAGAUUCAUGUGGUAUUUUCAAAUUACAGUAAAGAAAACCCAGCCCAGGAAAUCUCAAUACAGAAUGAUGGUGAAGCAUUUCUAUGUAAUAAUGAGCAUUUUAUGAAUUGGGCUGAUUUUUUGUACAAAACCAUGUAUUUUCACAAGAAUGAUUUAGCCUGUUAUCAAUUUUUAUUUAUUGAAUUAUUUAAAAUACAUCAUCAUUAAAAAAUUUCCAUUGAUCCUGAAUUUUUUUAAUAUUUUUUUUUUCAUUGAUAUUUUCAAAAGACCAAAAAUCUCAGAAAGAUUAGUAAAUUUUUCAAAUUGUGUAACUUCAGGGAGGCCAGUUUUCAAAUAAAGUAAAUUAAAUCUAAUUUUAGAUCAUCUUUACAACAUUAAGUCCGCAUAUGUAAUACUAAGUUAGAUAGGGGAGAUCUUGAAUAUGGAAUUGAUUUUAAGACUGAAGAAAUUUGAUGUGUAUCUUAAAACCAUUUUUGUUACCAUGUUAACUGUGAUAUUGUUAUUAUUAUAUUACAUUGUGGUUGAACUUUGCAACAUAUUAAUUGCAACAUUAACAAAUUUGUUAUUGUUAUAAAUUGUCUUUCACAAAGAUGCAGUUUGAUUUUAAUAAACAUUGGCAUAUGAGUUUUGCAUACUGUAAUAAUUAUACAUUAUCCCAAAAUAUUAAUUUAUAUGAACAAAGAUUAAAAAAAGUAGAAUGUGAUGUUAUACUAAGUAUUUGUAUCCUUUUUUCAUAUGAGGUCCAAUAACUUUGUAAUUUGUGACAAUGUAUUAUUUUUUUCUCCAUUCUGCAACUUUUAAACUGUUCCAAAUAAUUUUAGAUUUGGGUACAAUGUAAAAUUCCACUAUUUUCUGUCGAUGACAU